AUGACUCACAACGCGACGCACGACGCGUCCAACGCGCAGCCGCUGAGGGAGAACGUGAACCGGAGACGGAGGAACCGGAAGAAGCCGUCGCACGGGAAGGAUCACGCCGAUCGCGCGAACGUCGUCGUCUCCGUGCCCGCGGACGCGGUCGCGGACGACGCGCACGAUCUGCGCGAAAACCUGAAGAAGACGACGGACUUACGAGACGACCUGCUGCGCCAGCGCGCGGAGAAGGAGCACGAGCGCGCGCGAGCGCGCGCGCAGGAGCGAACGCGCCCGCAGCCAAAGUCGGGAGAAGCGUCGCAUCAGACGCCGCGAGCGAAGACGCAGAACAAGAAGGGCCGCAACACGCAGGACUUCUCCCCGAGCCUCGCGCCGCCCGGCUUAAAACUCGUCGUGGGCGACGCCGCCGCGAAGACCUUGGGGCGGAAGAUGCACGGACGCCACGUGACGUACGUCCCGAACUUCUUCUGCGCCGAGGCGGACGAGAGCGCGCACGCGACGCUUCUCGAGGAGGUCUCCGCCGCGGGGUCCAGCGAGAUGUGGAUCCCGUGGCACGAGAAGAGCCACUUCAUCGCGAACGAUCGCGACCGGCACGGGAAGUGGAAGCAAGACUCGCCGAUGUUCACCGCGGUCGUGGAGAAGAUCGCGGCGUACUUUCAGAUGGACGUGAAGGCGACGCGGUUCAACUUGUAUCGCGACGAGGAGGAGUGGAAGCCGUACCACCACGACGCCGCGGCGGUGAAGAAGGACAAGGCUAGGACGCAGAAUUGCACGAUCGCGGUGUCGUUCGGCGCGACGAGGGACGUCGCGUUCGAGCACGCCAAGACGGGCACGACGGUGUUCCUCCCUCAGACCAACGGCAGCUGCUACGCGUUCGGCCACGACGUCAACGUGGAGUGGCGGCACGGCGUCCCUCAGGUCCCGGAGGGCCUUCGACGCGCGGAGGGGGAAAAAUGCGCGCGGGUGUCGAUCAUCGCGUGGGGGUGGGUCGACCAAGACCGCGACGACGUGAGCUCGUUCGCGAACUGA